GGGAAGGGCUGCAAGUUUGACAGAUGUGCAUGAGGAGGGGCCUGGUCGGCCUCUCCUUUUGUACCUGCUACCUGGCUUUUUACCUCACGAACAAGUAUGUCCUGUCUGUUUUGAAAUUUACCUACCCUACGUUGUUCCAAGGGUGGCAGACGUUAAUCGGUGGACUUUUGCUUCAUGUGUCUUGGAAGCUGGGCUGGGUGGAGAUCAACCACAGUUCAAGGGAGAGGGGAAGAGAGAGAGAGAGAAACAUUGACGUGUGAGAGAGAAACAUUGAUCAGCUGCCUCUCACAUGCCCCCAAGUGGAGACCAGCCCGCAAACCAGGCGUGUGCUCUGACCAGGAAUCGGACUGGCGAUUUUGUGGUUUAUCUAAUGUUUUGACAUGGCUUCCUGCUUCAGUGCUGUUUGUGGGCAUUAUCUAUGCUGGUUCCAGAGCAUUGUCCAGACUGGCCAUUCCUGUGUUCCUCACUUUGCAUAAUGCAGCUGAAGUUAUUAUCUGUGGGCACCAGAAGUGUUUUCGGAAAGAGAAAAUGUCUCCUGCAAGGAUCUGUAGUGCCCUCUUCCUCCUGGCCGCUGCCGGAUGCCUUCCCUUUAAUGACGCCCAGUUUGAUCCAGAUGGAUAUUUCUGGGCUGUAAUUCACUUAUUCUGCAUGGGGGCUUAUAAGAUACUACAGAAGUCUCAGAAACCCAAUGCAUUAAGUGACAUUGACCAGCAGUACUUAAACUAUAUAUUCAGUGUGGUGCUUCUGGCAUUCGCAUCUCAUCCCACAGGUGAUCUCCUCAGCGUUCUGGACUUCCCGUUCCUGUACUUCUACAGAUUCCACGGCAGCUGCUGUGCCAGUGGGUUUUUAGGAUUCUUCCUCAUGUUCAGCACAGCCAAGCUAAAAAGCCUUAUGGCCCCGGGGCAGUGUGCAGCCUGGAUUUUCUUUGCGAAGGUGAUCACAGCUGGUUUAUCCAUACUGCUGUUUGAUGUGACCCUGACCAGUGCUACCAUGGGGUGCCUCCUGCUCGGUGGACUUGGAGAGGCCUUGCUGGUGUUCUCAGAGCGGAAGGGCGCCUAAAGAUGACCACAAGAAAAGGAGAGCCACCAGCUGCCCACCAGAGAGGACAGCCCCAGGCUGCAGAGGUCCUUGCUAUAUGUGUUAGAAAGAAGAAUGCAAAGAUGGUGAGACCACGGCUUCUCACUGUGUCAGGAAUGUUCUGAGGGUCUCUGGGCUGCUGCAGAGACUGGACUGUGUUGUGUCUUCCCUCUGAGAGGCUCACUAGAGCCGUGCUGUUCCCAGUCGUACAGAAACAGAUGCAGGGUUUCCCCUGGAGGGGGGCCAGCUCCGCUCACCUGCACUGACGUGCAGGCCUCCUCAUUAAACACCCUUCCCAAAACACUGCUUUCACUCUGUGGUAGUAGCCCAAGAUAUGUGGUUGCAUUUUUUGUUUUGUUUUGUGUUUUUACAUCUUGGGAGCCUCCUGGGGAUGUCCUUUCCUUGCUCUCAUGCUGGCUUGCCUAGAGCCCUCACGCACCCACUCAUGCGAAUUCCUCAAGAGGUCUCCCACUCAGCGGGGUACGAAGCCAGCAAGGACGCUAUUACUCUAGAGUGAGUGCUGAAGCCUUUUUGUGGUAGUGUGUUCUAUUGUGUUGUGCUGUAUUAAAUUCUGCACACUUAUUUUUUUUACCUGCCAUUCAAUUAACUUGAUACUAAAUGACCACCAGAGGGAAUAGGGUAUGUAAGCACUGAUGAUGCCCUCCCUGGGCAGGUGAAAACAGAAACAGCCCUUUAACAUAUAGGUAUGUGCACAUUUAUAUUUAUAUUCCUUAAAGCUUUUAACACCCCCCAAAAAAGCUUUUAACCCAUUUAGUGAUUACCAAUAUCUUAGAGUAAGUUGCAAAUCAUUGAACACCGAAGCGUACUUUUCAGGCCUGAUUACAAAUUGGAUUAAAACUCUAAACCUUGCCUCUAUGGGAAUCAAAAGAAAUGAAUUUGCAUGAAAUGGUUAUUUGAUUGUGAACCCACAGUGGAGGUUUAAGAAAAUAAUGUCUAACCCCAAAUACUUCUCUGCAGAGUAGGUUUUUUAAAUACCUUACCACUCUGCCAGGUGUUGCUUUCGGUCAUUUUGAGAUGUAGGUGAUAGUGAACUCCAGUGAGCCGUCUCCAGGCAGGGCCAGGCCCUGGAGUGGUGGACACCCCCACCCGCGUCACUGAUGGAGAGGCCCCCCCAGUGCCUGGGAGGUGAGCCUGGCCCAUCCUCUGCCCUGUGAAGAGCGGGGUCAGCUCAGUCAGCAGCCAUUCUUUCCACACGUUUUCUCCAACGUGUAGAGAAAAGAAGAGAAAAUGAAACAAGUAGAAAUGGAUUUGUAUAUGUGGAAUUUGCGUACGUCAAAUUAAUUUCCUUGUCCUUUCCUGACCUCUGCUUGCCAUUUCGGUAAAGAUCUUCAGAGCGAUCUUUGCACAUAGGGAGUUUCAGUUUCCUUUCGCUCUGCACCUGGGAUGUCCGACUUCCUAUAAAUUAGGAUCAAAUAGAAAGUUUGGGUUUGGAAAUUUCCUUGUCCUUUUGCUCCCACAAGACCCUCUCUGUAUAACUGAGGCCAGCUCUCUUCCAUGUGUGGCACGUGGCAUCUGUCCGACUGUCAUCUCAUACCAGUCUCUCCGAGUGGCCGUUAUGUGACUGGCAAUUCCUAAGGCUGGAAAGAUCCGUGUGUCGUUCACAAGCUCAGCCCGCUGCUUCCAGCAGGACUGACCUCCAACACUUUGAAAAGUUGUGGGCAUUUCUUUUAAAGAGUCUCUAGCCAGGGAUUUUUGUUGCUAUUGUUAUUGUUGCUGCUCUUGUUUUUGUUUGCUUGAUUUCUUAAAAAUCAUAUUCCAGAGCCCCAUUGUUUUUACUUUGACAUUAGCAAGAGGCAGAAUAUAAAUAAGGUAUUUCUUCCACAUUUCAUCAUGUUUCCUUCAACUUCUACCUCUUCUUGAGCUUUUUUCUUCAACCUUCAACCGCCACCUCUUAUGCCCAAGCUCACAUGCUCAGCUCUGAAUGGGCAGUGAGCCCAGAGGUCUGCAAAACCAGGGGCUGGCCCCGGGCAUUGCAGCCUUGUCGCUGUCACCUCCUGGAGCUCUCAGGGCCUCAGGGCCCCUGGACGGGCAAUCCCCAGGUCACCCCAGCACUCUCGGUUACCUGGAUGAUCCCUUUGGUCAUGUCCUCUCUGGGUCCCAGUUACCUGGGGCCUUGUCGGCCGCAAGUCAAAGCCGGGGUGUUUUGUUUUUUUCAUUUGUAGAAAUGAAGAAUGUGCUUUCUGUCGAGAGAGGCAAGGUUCUGUAUGAUUGUGCAUUGUUAUUAAUCUACUAUGGAUAUAAGGAAAAUAAACUAUUUAUUUUUUUACUUAUUGGUAAUUUGCCUUUCUCUUCUCUUUAACCCCAGCAGGAGGGAAUUGCAGAAAAGGUUGUCAUCCUUGGGGAGGGAGUUCUUUCAUCUUAAACAUGGGUCCAGGCUUCUACCAACAUCCAGGCCACUCAUCUGUCGGUCGGGGGGCCACCCAAGUCCUCCCUCCAGACCGCUCUGUACAGCAGGGGCACGUGUGGACUCUGAGCACUGAAGUGGGGGCGGGUCCAAGUCCAGAUGUAUUAUAAGUGUGAGUGCACACCAAUUUUGAAGAUUUUAGAAAAGGAUGUAAAAUAUACUCAUUUUCAUACUGAUUACAUAUAUAGAAAUAAUAUUUUUGACAUAUGGUAUAAAAUAAAAUACAUCACCAAAA